AUGUAUUAUCAGAAUAAGUAAAAAUAUGAUGAAGAGAUCAAAACUUUUUAGGAAGCAGACAAAAACUAAUAUAAUGAUGCAACUUUUAAUGAGAAAAACAGAGAUAAAAAUUUAGAGCUCACAUCAUUAGCAAAACUUGAAUAAAUUGAGAAAUCAUAUUACUAAGAUUUUGAAAUGAAAGAAUCUCUCUUCUAUAAAUCAUUUGCAUUAACAAAUGCUUUUUUUAUAGUUUAAUAAAAAAUGAGUAGUUUAAAAUACCAUUUGGAACAAAGAGAAGAUGAAUAAUUAUUUGGAGUUUGGCUUUGGCAAUAAGGAGAACAGCAUUUAAUAAUUGUUGAUGAUAAAAUUCCAUGUAUAUAAAAACAGGAUGGUUAUGAAUUAGCAACAGUAAGGUCAAAAUAUCAAUGGCCAAUUAUUUUAUAAAAAGCAAUAGGAAAAUUAUUAGGUUAUGGAUAUGAUUCAUUUAAUCUCAUAUAAAAUGAUUCAAUUGAAUUUUUUACCGAAGUAUCAUUUAAAUUAUAUAUGUAAUUAGAUUAUUACAGGAUCAAUAAUAAUUGAAUAAGAAUUUUAAUCAAUAGAAGAAUUAGAAGCAAAAAGCAGAGACAAAUCAAUAAUUGUAUUUGUAAAGUAUACAUAAGAAUAAAAAACAAUAGCGUAUUAAAUUGAAGUUAAAGAAAAAAAGCUAAUUAAUUUAAUCCCUCCUAAUUAAAAAUCUAUUUUUGUAAAAGGUAAUUUUAAUAAUUCAAUUAAAAGGUAGUUAACUUAAUUGGGAAGAAUUUAAGCAGAAUUUUAAAACUGUUCAUAUUGUAAUUUGGAAAGAUGAUUACAGAGUAACUUCUGUUUCUUUAAAGAAUUAGAUUGAAAGAUAAUCUGACUUUAUUGAACAUACAUAUUUGUAUAAAUUUAAAAUAGAUCAUCAUGCUGAUUACUAAAUUACUAUUUGGCAAAAAGAUUAUAUAAUUAAUGAAGAAUAGAUAGAAAUUCUUAAUAAAAAUUCAAGAUAAAAAUUGGGUUUAAUUAGAAUUUUGUUAUUUAAAGAAUUUAAACCUAAUUAAUAUUAAUUUAUUGAUGGAAAUUGUGACUUUUUAGCAAAUUUAUCCAUUAAUUAAAAGCUUGAUGUAGGUGAAUACUAUAUCCUUUGUUAAGGCUAUUUUAAUUUCUUAAAAAAUCAAUCCUAAGAAGAAUAAUAAAAAUAAAAGAAGCUAAAUUUGACAAUUAAAGGACUAAAUAUACCAGAAAUUGUUAAUUCAGAUGAUUAAGUGGAAUCAAAAUUAAUCAGAUUAAUUUCAAGCUUCAUAAAAAAUCAAGCCUCUAUAAACAAUACAAGAUCUAUUAUAUAGCCUGAAAUUUAAGUUACUACUGAUAAAGCAUAUGGUUUUCUGUAUUUUUAUUAUGAAAAUAAAGGAACUAUUGAUAUUUAUGAAGAAGUAAAUAUUAAAGAAUAAGGACACCUUAUUAGUUAUGAUUCAUUAAUAAAAUAAAGUUUUUUUUAAGUUUAAGUUUAGUAAAAGCAUUUUUAAGUAGUUUUGUAUACUUUAGAUCCAAAAAUUAUACAAAAAAAUGAAAGUUUGAAAUUUGUUUAUGAAUAUACUCAUAAAAUAUUAGAUGAACAAUAAUACUAAAAAAAUAAAUUAUUAUAAGAUUCGAAAUAAAGGAAUAUUUAGUGCAAUCAGAUUAAAAUAUCAAUAAACCAACAUGAAUAAGGUAUAAAAAAAUAAUAUGAUAAGGAAUUUUUAUAUAAUUUCAGAAUUUUUCUGAUUAAGAUAAUUAAGUAGAUUUAAUAUUUACUGAAUUGAAAAACCUAAGUUUAGUUUUAAAUAAAGACUUUAACAUAUAAAAAAAUCAAAUUAAUUUUUCUAUUUAAAAAAAAUCUAAAUUAAUGAUGUUUUUUGAUGUUAUUGUACCUAACAGUCCAUAUUAUUAUAAGUGGAAUAUUAAUUGUUCAACAUAAAAUUGA